CAGACUUCCCUGUGUUGACUAUGCUGCCAUUUUCUAAUAUGUCCGCCCCCGAGGAAGACACGUUUUCCAACGAAGAGGGGGAAAUGGGAGAGAUGGAAGCGAGUGACAGUGAUGACGGGAUGGAUGAAGAGAAAGAUGAGGGAGAAGGACCAAAUAAAGUUUAUGUCCCCGGAAUAGAGCCUCUAAAACCAGGAGAAGAGCUUGAAAUGGACCGGUCCGCGUACCGCUUGUAUCACGAGUGUCAGACGGGUGCUCCUUGUCUGAGUUUCGAUGUAUUGAGAGAUGAGGACGGAGACGGAAGGGAACAGUUUCCCAUGUCCAUGCUGCUGUGUGCAGGUACACAGGCAGAAUCUGCUAACCUUAACAGACUCCUAGUCAUGCGCAUGCACAACCUGUAUGGCACAGAGAAAGAGAAAGAAGAGGAAGAGAGCAGUGAUGGGGAGAGUGAUGAUGAUGAAGAAGAUGAAGACAAGAAGCCUCAGUUAGAACUGGCUAUGGUUCCACAUUAUGGGGGAAUCAACAGAGUUAGGGUGAUCCAGCAUGGGGAGCUGUCAUUGGCUGCUGUGUGGUCAGAGAAAGGUCAAGUGGAAAUUUUUGACCUCAGACCACAGCUGGAGGCAGUUCAUAGCUCAGCUGCCAUGGAAACAUUCCUGAAGGAACAACAGAAGGAGGCCACACCCAUAUUUAGUUUUUCAGGUCACAUGACUGAAGGCUUUGCCAUUGAUUGGUCAACCAAAGUACCUGGUCGCUUGGCCAGUGGAGACUGCAAGAAGAAUAUCCAUGUAUGGGAACCGCGAGAAGAUGGGUCUUCCUGGCAGAUUGAUCAACGACCUUUCAGCUCCCACAGCAAGUCAGUAGAGGACCUCCAGUGGUCACCUACUGAAGCAACGGUUUUUGCCUCCUGCUCAGUGGACCAGUCCAUUCGCGUCUGGGACAUCCGUGCUCGGCCUAACUCCAUGCUCUCAGCUGAUCAGGCCCACUCCUCAGAUGUAAAUGUAAUCAGUUGGAAUCAGACUGAACCAUUCCUCCUGUCAGGGGGUGACGAUGGACUGCUGAAAGUAUGGGACUUAAGGCAAUUUCAGUCUGGCCGACCGGUUGCCACCUUCAAACAGCACAGUGCCCCUGUGACGUCUGUGCAGUGGAACCCCCUGGACUCCAGUGUCUUUGCUGCUUCGGGUGCUGACGAUGUGGUCAGCCAAUGGGAUCUUUCCGUGGAGUCGUGUGACAUGGGAGCAAACGCAGAUGCCUUGAAGGAGUUGCCGCCACAGUUGCUGUUCCUCCAUCAGGGCCAGACGGAAGUGAAAGAAAUCCACUGGCACCCGCAGGUUCCAGGAGUUUUAAUCUCAACGGCCUUGUCAGGCUUCAAUGUAUUUAGGACAAUCUCCGUUUAGCGUGUGCCGUUCACCCUGUGCCGUUCAUGGUCAGUGUGUACUGUUCACACAUCUCCUUAUCUUGUUUCUUCUUUUCAUUUGAAGACAGUGUCCAUGUCCUGCUUUUAGGUUCUCCAUCAGAAUUCAGGGCUUGUCCAUGCGUGUAAUAAAACUUUCAAAUAAUCAAAAUUAUGAUUUCAUUUUUGUUUCUUAAUUUUGAUGAGUCUUUUUUUUAAGGUAAAUUUAGGCUAAAUGUUAAUUCAAGAUGAAUUACUCUGUGAUAUUCUUUUGGGAAUAAGAAAUGGCUGAACAGAUGACUAUAGAAUACACAAAGACAACAUGAACAGACAUUUAUUGAUGCAGGUAAAUAUUUAUUUAAAGUAAACAGAUCACAGAUAAUCUUAAGAUUUCAUAUUUAAAAACCAUAAGAAUACCUUUGGGGAAAACAAAAUAAAACCCCUUUAAGGAAUGUUUAUAUAUGUGGUCCAUAAAAAAGAAAAACAAAUACAUCGAUAUAGCAAUUUCUACUCUCACUUGAGUAACUCCCAUGCUGCAUUUCUGUUAAUACUGAGACAGAAUUUGCCCCAAUUUUAAGGCAAUACAGGCUCACCGUUGUCCUGGAAUUAAAGUGUCCUGAUUUUUUCA